AUGAGGUGCAUAGUGUUAGCAAUUCAGCUUUGCUUUCUCUUUGGGCAGGAGUGCGCUCAGGAAAAUACAGGCAGACCUUCCAAACAAAAGUGGAAGUCCUAUGCCGACGAACAGGACCCCUGUAAGAAGGUGCGCCUCCAGCUAGACUUUCAGUUGUCUGAUCGGCCGUCAGCCGCGCCGCUGCCCUCCUCCACACCAGCCACCAAUAAGACCAACACCUUUGGUAUGUCACGCGCAGUGGACACCAUUAUACCGCUAUCGAGUGCCAUUUUUCUGUGGACAACACCCGAAGCUGCUUGUAUGCGUGCCAGCGUCAGAGCCUGCUUUGCCUCCAGCACGGGCCACAGCCUCAAAUGCGGGUAUUCGAUUCUCCAGCUACUCCAUAUCCGAGAACAUGCUACCCCGGUUGAGAGUUCCUUUCUGCUUGCUUUCCUCAAGCGCUAUCCAGGACUCACGGACGUGGCGCUUCUGGCUAUCCCUGAGACUCGUGCAAGGAACCUACUACAGCUACUCGUAUUCCACUGCUCCAAGGUCGGCUCGGUACAGUCCAGCAAUGGUUUAGAAAGGUGCCAAGGCUUGAUGACUGAGGCAGCUAUGCGUGGUCAGCUGAACCUUAGAAGAGAAAAGUAG